GCCGCGGCCUAACAGGAGGCCAGUUCUCACGGACCCGUUUUUUAUGCCCCGGGGGCAGGGGCCGCGGGACUAGUGCGGUUUAGCAGGGAUUUGCGUGCAGUAGCCGAGCUGGAGGUGGUGCUGCAUCCCGAGCGCAGGAAGGGGUUAAUAGACGCGGCGGGAGGGGAACACCUGACCCGGCAUCAGACAUGGCACAAUCUGUCUCAGAGCUACCGGUGGAGAGAACAGCCAGCGUGGUUAGUGAUCAAUGGAACAACUUCUCUACCAUCCCGUGAGCGAUAUGUGCAUAUAUAAUGCGGAUAUGGGAAAGAUUUCUGGAAAAUGUGGCGCACCUUCUGCAGAUUCCAGAUGUGCUUUGUGCUUCUGACUGCGUUGGCUGUACUUGUGCUGCUCAGCAACAUCCAUCUGGUAGAGCAUCUGAAUCAUGGAACUGGUUUGGAUCUGAGGCAGACGGAGCGGAAGGAUGAUAUGAACAGUCUGCUUUUACCAAUAACCAAGGGAGGCUAUUGUGGCUACCACAGCCAUGCUUUGUCAAAAGCGGAGCGUUUGGAAGAGGACAGCUUACUUAACUCUGUCAAAUGGCCGGGACCACCAAACGAUAAGAUACCUUUUUUAAAGAGUACUGAUGCUGCACAUAGCCGCUUUGUCAUUUUAAAUUCUCAGGGCUUGUUUAAAGUUGGCGAUAUCAUGGAAGUGCUGGUCAGAAUGCAUGAUUACGAAGGCAAUCCAAAGCAUUAUGGGGGAGAUUACCUCCAUGCACGGAUACACUCCCCUUUGUUGAAAGCUGGAGCAGUAGGAAAGGUGGUGGACCAUCAAAAUGGAUUCUUCUCUGUUUACUUCACUUUACUUUGGCCUGGUCGGAUCACUGUGUCAGUGACUUUGGUGCACCCAAGCGAAGGCAUCCAAGUCCUAAAACGUUUACGUGAAGAAAAACCUGACCGAGUCUACUUCAAGAGUUUGUUCAGAUCAGGCAACACUGAAGAGACUAAAAUGUGCAAUGUUUGUUUGCCAUCAAAGUCAUCUGUGUGCAAUUACACGGACUUGCACACUGGCGAACCAUGGUUUUGUUACAAGCCUGAGAGGUUGUCCUGCAGUAAUCGAGUCAAUCACGCAAAAGGUGGAUACCUGAAGAAUCUUCUGACCUUUGAUGAACAUCUUUUCUUUCAAAGUGGUGUAAACAUUAAAGUACCGAUACUGGCCAGUGGACCUGAUGCAGUGACCGUAUAUCAUUUAAAAAUUAAAGAUAAAGGUUUUCUCCAUUCCACCGAAUUUACACCAUCUGGUUAUUUUUACAAAGACCACUGGAUAUCAGGAAGACCCUAUGCUCGGCAGUUUGACAAGCCUUCUGAAAUCACUGAGUGUUUGCAGGGCAAAGUGGUAUAUCUGUUUGGAGAUUCAACAAUACGGCAGUGGUUUGAAUAUCUGACCAACUUCGUACCAGAUCUUAAGCCGUUCGACCUGGGAAGUCCCAAAAAUGUUGGACCUUUCUUGUCCAUUGACAUGGAACACAAUAUAAUGCUGAAAUUCCGCUGCCAUGGGCCACCGAUUCGCUUCUCCACCGUGUCUAGUAAUGAGCUCCGUUAUGUUGCCAAUGAACUGGAUGGCAUUGUAGGAGGACAAAACACUGUAGUGGCCAUAACCAUCUGGUCCCACUUCAGCACUUUCCCUGUGGAGGUGUACAUAAGGCGCUUGAGGAACAUCCGAGCGGCUGUGCUUCGCCUUUUAGACAGGAGCCCUGAGACUGUCAUUGUUGUUCGUUCUGCCAAUGUCCAGGAGCUUGGGCCCGAAGUGAGCUUAUUUAACAGUGACUGGUUCUCAUUGCAGCUGGACACAAUCAUGAGGUCUAUGUUUGCAGGUAUCAAUAUCCAGAUGGUAGAUGCCUGGGAGAUGUCUCUGGCACACUACCUUCCACAUGCACUGCACCCAGGGCCAAUCAUUGUGGAGAACCAGAUAAAUGCAUUUUUAUCAUUUGUAUGUCCCAAUUAAAAUUCAGGCGUG